CAGAAGAUGAAUGCAACUUGCAAGCACUUGCAUCGGAAUUCAGAAUCAAUGUCCAGCAAGGAACGUUGCAAAGCAAGCGAGCAAUGUGUGGCACUCCCAAUGUUCCAUCGCAAGAGCUGAUUCGCACUUCGAAAGCAGUCCUGAAGGCUUCUGAUGAACGGAGGUUGAGUGCAGGCCGCCUUCCCUGACCCUGUCCGGCAUGUAUCGUACUACGUAGGCCUGGCUUCAAAUGUACCGGUGGACUUCUGCGUGACCAGAAGCCUCUUCGGCGUGUAGACUCAGAGGUCUGUUUGCCCAUUGGACUGGAAAGUAGCCCGCUGCAAACCACGGAAUGAUCACGUGUACCAGCAGAAAUGUUGUGGGCGCAUCGUGAUUGGGUGUGGCGCAGUGGUCUCUGCUUCAAGGCCUUCCGCACUGUCCCGCAGUGCUGAAUGGACCCGCCCAGCACUUCCGUCGGCGACCUGCAAGGUGGCCCCUUCCGGUCAGGAGAAGGCCCCGAAAAGAAGGUGCGCGUAGCGGUGCGUAUACGGCCCCUGCUGCCCCAGGACGGCCCCCGGGAGGACGCUGGCUUGGCGGAGGCAGCGGGGAGCGAUGUCCCCUCCUGCUGUGUGACCGUGCUGGAAGAGCGCGGGGCAGGCGCCACCGCUGCGCAGUACAGGGUGGACUCUUGCUGGGGUGCGGGCGCAAGCGGGCGGGCCAUCUUUGAGUGGGAGGUGGCGCCCCUAGUGCGCGCCAGCUUCUGCUGCGGCCACCCCGCCACAAUCUUCACGCAUGGCGCCUCUGGCAGCGGCAAGAGCCACACCAUGCAGGGCACGGCAGGCGACCCCGGCGUUGCCCCCCUGGCGGUGGAGCAGCUGCUGCGGCUGGCCGCUGCGGCGGGGGCGUCCAGCGGGUUGCGGGUGUCCUUCAUGGAGAUCUACCUCGACAGGUGCCACGACCUGCUGCUCCCCGGGGCCGAGCUGCCGCUGCUGGAGGACGCGCGCGGGAGGGUGCACCUGCCAGGCCUCACGCAGGUCCCGGUGGCCUGUGCGGCAGACUUUGUGGCGCUGUGGGCGGCCGGCUGCGCGGCGCGUCACACUGCGGCCACAGGCGUGAACGCCGCCUCCAGCCGCAGCCACAGCGUGCUGAGCCUCACCCCCGCGGCGCCCCACGCCGCGCAAGUCACCCUCAUCGACCUGGCAGGUUUUGAGGACAACAGGCGCACCGGGAAUGAAGGCCAGCGCAUGCGGGAGAGUGCUCGCAUCAACUCGUCGCUCUUUGCGCUCCACAAGGUUCUCGUCGGGCUGACGUCAGGGCAGCCCCACGUGGCGUACCGCGACAGCAAGCUCACGCGCCUCUUGCGCAGCAGCCUGGCUGGGCCCGGCCGCGCGCUCCUGCUGCUCUGCCUGGCCCCCGGACGAAGCCAUGCUUCAGCUGCGCACGCCAGCCUGGCCCUUGCGGGGCUCACGGGCCAGCUGCGCCUCCCGCCGCCGGCCGCCCCUUCGGCCCCGCCUCCCCGCCUCCACCAGCAGCCGGCGCCGCCCUCGUCCCUCGGCCGUGCUGCGGAGCGCCUUGCCGCGCUGCAGGCCUGGCAGGAGGCCAAGGGGCGCACCCCCCGGCCGCCCGCCUCCCCGCACCGCCGGACACGCACCCCGCACGCCACCAGUCCCCCCUCCGCUGCUCCGCCGGAAGGGCCGGCCGUCCCUGCAGACGCGGCUGCGCGGUUGGCCCACGUGGAGGCCCUGCUGGCGCACCGCUGCCCGGCCACGCUCACCGCGCAGCAGCAGGGCACCCCGCUGUGGCCGGACGGAGCGGGGGGGACCGCCCGCGAACCGCAUCUAGGUGAGGCCGGUGCGCGCGGAGCGGGGGUGCCGCGGGGCUCACGGGACAGGGGGGCUGCGGUGUUGCAACAUUUGCCUUCUGGUUGGGCAUCCUUUGUCGGCAGGCCGGCACUCAUGGGCUUGCACAUGACGGUCCAAUGUUCCCAAUCGGGACACGUGUUGGCAUCUCCGUACACCCUGUCCCCCGCCCGCCUUGGACCGCCCUCGCCCCCCUGCCUCCUCCGUUCGGGAGUUGUGCACGGGGACGCGUUUUGGGCCUGCGCAUCUGCCGCCGGCUGA